UGCUGCAGUCCACCCCCAGGUUUCUCUCACCCACACAGCCAGCAAAAAGGCAGCCAGCAACCAAUACGGUUAGCCGUGGGAGAAUAUCUGCUAACGAAUUCAGGCGAGUUGGUUACGAUCCGUUCAGGGAUUUAACUGAUGACAACAGCAUUCAGAAGUGGGAAAGAAAACGAUUGUUCAGGGAAGGAAAGCGAAUGUAUGUACAUGAAUUAAAGGCUCCUAUAAUAGCCUGUGCACAAUAGCUCUAUUGAUCACCUUUUGAUGUUUAUUUUCUUGUAUUUUAUUGACGUUUACUUAACGGGCCCGUAUGGCAUUUCAACCUACAAACAAAAGAAAUUAGACUUGUCGAGGCGUGAGACUUUAGAUAGGGUAAAACGUGGGAUAACCCUUGCACUAUCGCUCAUUGCGCGGAAACUGAAUUCGGUUAGCUAAGACGACUAGGUCAUUCAUUUCGCGCGGGUCCCUGCCAUUCCAGCCGUCAGAAGACUCGGACGAGGUGAGAGAUGACGUGUAGUUGAUUCAUACUGGGCUAUGUCUCUGCCACGCACGCUGGGGGAGCUGCAGCUGUACCGUGUGCUGCAGAGAGCCAACCUGCUGGCCUACUACGACACCUUCAUCCAGCAGGGCGGCGAUGAUGUGCAGCAGCUUUGUGAGGCUGCAGAGGAUGAGUUUUUGGAGAUCAUGGCACUGGUUGGUAUGGCAACCAAGCCCCUGCACGUGCGCCGUCUGCAGAAGGCCCUUCGUGACUGGGCAGCCAACCCGGCCCUCUUCAACCAGCCGCUGGCCAAUGUGCCCCUGGGAGGUAUUCCCUUGUUCAAGGUGGACGGGACGGGUGCUAGCGGGACUGCCACCGGAGGACCCAGGAAGUCCCUGAGUAACGGGCAGCCAGGGUCUCCGUGCGACAGAGAGGACAGGGUGUGCCUCACCCCUCUGCACAGUGGAAGCCCCAGAAGCCCCUGCUCCCAGGCCUCGCCACAGCCACCAGACACCCACUACAGGGAUAAGCUGUCCCCAAUGGACCCCCACUGGCUCAGCCCUGAGCAGGAUGCAAACAGCGCCUCAGCCUCAGGGGUGGACGAGGAGCAGCCCAGCCCCCCUCUUCUGCCCCCUCGUCCGGCAGGUCCAUCCACGCCCCCAGCUUCCUCCUCCUCACUCUCUCCAGGGGCCCUCUCGGCCUGGCCUGGGGGCCAACUUGACGGUGAGACAGCGCGGGCUGUGGGGGAGAGCGUGGACAGGCUCCUGAGGACCCUGCCCAGGUCGGACCCCAGAGAGGUAAAGACACUGCUCAGGAUGAACAAGAAAAUGGCCAAGACAGUGGGCCACAUCUUCAAAAUGUCACCGCAGGACAUGGCCAAGGAGGAGGAGAUCCGCAAGUACAGCCUGAUCUAUGGCCGCUUUGACUCUAAGAGGAGGGAAGGCAAGCAGCUAACGCAUCAUGAGCUGAUCAUCAAUGAAGCAGCUGCCCAGUUCUGUAUGCGUGAUAAUGCUCUACUUCUGCGACGCGUAGAGCUAUUUUCAUUGGCUAGACAGGUGGCGAGAGAAUGUGCCUAUACCUCUACACUCAAGCAAGCCAGAACAAGUGCAGACGACUGCAGCUUACCUUCCCAAAAGAGGGUGAAACAUGAGGUGAUAGUGUCUGAGUGUGUGUCCUCCCUCCAUGGUGUAGAGGGGUCCGAAGGUGUGUCCCAGAGGGCUGACGAGGACAGCCUAUCAGGAGAGAGUUUGGACAGCUUAACACAAGACGUAGGCUCACAGUGCAACCAAUCUCCAUCCCCCCGCCCCCCCACCGACACCUCCAUUGCUGCCAACUGGAGUCGCCAUCUCAUGCAACAAACGCUAAUGGAUGAGGGGCUGCGAUUGGCUAGGAUGGUGUCACAUGACCACCAUGGCAAGGUCAGCCUUAGAUCAGAGGGGACACAUACCACAGACUUCGAAGGCAAGACAGAGAGGAGGAGCUCAGUAGCAGGCUGCAGGAGCAGCAGCCCGGGCAGCACCAAAGACGACUCGGACCACGGGGGAAAGUGAUGAAACCAACCCGAGCACUAACCACUGAUGAGGAUUCAUCACCAGCCCCGCCUCCUGGAGAGGCAGACUAAGCAGCAGGCUUCCUAUCUGGGCUUGAACCACUGACACAUGGGAGUAGU